AAUUUCAAGUGCAUACAAUUUUCUCACUCUUUUAAAGUAAACCCACGGUUUAGUUACACGUUGGUUUGCCACUGCUACUCCCGAGGAGAGACAAAUUAACGCGUGAUUGCCAGGAUCCGAUUUUGUAAGGAUUACAAGUGAAACGAGCAGCGAGCGGCAGAUUUUACCGACUGAGUAAAUUUUCGUUAGAGGUGAUCUUCAAUACAUGAUUCUUUGUAUUACCAUUGUCUCAGACGAAAAUUAAAGCCUUUCGCCGCAGCCUUAUAAAGUUUGGGCAAUUCUUGGUCAGCACUAGGACAUAACGUCGUCAUUUUCAACUCAAAAGCAUAAGGAUGUCUGAUGUAAACAUGAGAGUCGAACAUCACAAAGAAAUAAUAAACGGGGUUAGUCGCGUUUCGACGAUAUGCAUUGAAAAGUAUGCGUGGUGCACUGCUGUAGUAACUAAUAAUGGCGUGAAUAAAUAUAUAUACUGCUGUCCAGGCUGUAUAUCGCCAUUUGACACAACCGAUGAAGUUAAACAGCACAUGGCAAAAUAUUUCGUUGAUGGCCGCUGUGCUGUUGGACUUAAACAUGAACCUAUGGAUGGGGUAGUCGAGGAGGAAUUCUACGAUCAAAGUGACAGUGAAGAAGAUGAAGACGAUAAAUCUGAUAUAUCACUUUUUGAUUUCUCCGAUGAUGAUGUCGCCGUCGAUAAUUAUGACCAACCUCCCCAAAUUAUAGACCCUCCUCCCCAAAUUAUAGACCAUCCUCCUCAAAUUAUGGACCAACCUGAUGAUAUCAGAAGAAACCCGCGUCGUUACGGUUGAAAAAUCAUGCUAUAAGUGGUUAAACCUUAUAGUGCUUGUCAAACCUCUGAUUUACAUAUAAUAAAUUAACAGAUUUAAAAUAAUAUUAAAAAUACAAUUAACUAAUGAUC